AUAAGCAGAAGUGGGACGUUCCUGUGAGCCCGCUUUGACGUUUGUUGAACAGAGGCGAGGCCCGUCUUCUUCGCCAUUCUGUGAAAACCAAUACUCGCUAGCGUUACAUCCUCUGACUGUACAACAUCUGGACAUCAGCAACUGAAGCCAGACAAUACUAGUCUGGUCCGGGAGAAAGUGGAGGGAUGCUCGGCAUUACCGAAAUGACAAAUGGCAACAUGGCCAAUGCUCUGGCCAACGCCAUGUGUGAGCGCUGCAAGAGUGGCUUUGCCCCGGCUGAGAAGAUCGUGAACAGCAACGGGGAGCUUUACCACGAGCAGUGCUUUGUGUGCGCCCAGUGUUUCCAACAGUUCCCAGAGGGACUCUUCUAUGAGUUUGAAGGCAGGAAAUACUGCGAACAUGACUUCCAGAUGCUGUUCGCUCCCUGCUGCCACCAGUGUGGUGAGUUCAUCAUUGGCCGUGUGAUCAAGGCAAUGAACAACAGCUGGCACCCAGACUGUUUCUGCUGUGAUAUCUGCCAGGCUGUACUCGCUGAUGUUGGAUUUGUUAAGAAUGCUGGAAGGCACCUGUGUCGUCCAUGUCACAACAGAGAGAAGGCUCGUGGCCUCGGAAAGUACAUCUGUCAGAAGUGCCACGCCAUUAUUGAGGAGCAGCCCCUUCUGUUCAAGAAUGACCCGUACCACCCGGAUCACUUCAACUGCAACAACUGCGGUAAGGAGCUGACGGCUGAUGCCAGGGAGCUGAAGGGGGAGCUCUACUGUCUGCCCUGCCAUGACAAGAUGGGUGUCCCCAUCUGCGGGGCCUGCAGGAGACCCAUUGAGGGCCGUGUGGUUAAUGCCAUGGGCAAACAGUGGCAUGUGGAGCAUUUUGUGUGUGCUAAGUGUGAGAAGCCCUUCCUGGGACACCGUCACUACGAACGCAAGGGCCUGGCCUACUGUGAGACACACUAUAACCAGCUGUUUGGAGAUGUCUGCUACCACUGCAACCGUGUUAUUGAAGGAGAUGUGGUGUCUGCCCUCAACAAGGCUUGGUGUGUCAACUGUUUUGCCUGCUCUACCUGCAACACCAAGCUCACCCUCAAGAACAAGUUUGUGGAGUUUGACAUGAAGCCGGUGUGUAAGAAGUGCUACGAGAAAUUCCCCCUGGAGCUGAAGAAGAGGCUGAAGAAGCUGUCUGAAACUGUUGCCCGGAAGUAAAAUGGAAAAGAGGGUAGAUGAGAACCCCCCAGGUGACCAUGCAAGUCACAUUUCCAGAGUUGACAAUCGUUUAAAGAAAGCAUUUGUGUGUUUUACAUAAUUGGUAUGUUAAAUAUAAAAAGUUGGUAAUUUAGUUACUUUUUGUACUUUCAAUUACAGAGGAUCUUUUCAUGAUCUUGAAACUGAUGGAUGGGCCAACAGGCAGAUUGUUAGUCAGUCAGUCAGCUGGUUUGAAAUUAACCUGUUCAGUGCCUUUUGGGUCAAAUACUGCACUGAAUAUUUUUCACAUGCUUGCCUUACAUGCAUUACAUGUAAACACAGAUGAUGAUGGUCCUGUAUUUCAAAAUGAGCUUUAAAAGAACAUUGAAACAUGAGUGAUAAAAAAAAUUCUGCUUGCCAACUUGUCUCAUGAUGCCUAGCCACGUGUCCUCUGUUAUGUUGCUGUUACUCUUGUAUAAUAAUGCAUUAAACCCAAAGAACGUUGAGCAAAAUACAGUUUUAAUAAAUAUUGAUAUAGGUCCUCUCAUGUUUUCUAUUUUCCACUAACAUGUAUUUUCUUUUAUUGUGUGUGCGUGCGUGCGUGCGUGUGUGUGUGUGUUCUAUAAAGUCGGAAAAAAUGGGGGGGGAUUUACAGUUUGACAUCAUACUGUAUCCUCCUUAAUGCAGUAUAUUGGAUUGCCUAAUGUGCAAUGCAUUUUAUGUGUGGAACAAUCUCUGUCAAGUGGUAUUAACAUUGAGUUACCAGUGUAUUAGUUUCACUUGUAUGAUCUAAUACAACAGCCAAAAAUAAACCCCAAGUUUAUACUGUUGAGUUUUUGUUUUAUCUACUCUCCUUUACAGUAAUAAAUACACAAUAGUGACUGGAUAUUAGAAAAAGACCCUCUGACACACUGAACAUAAUAAGCUUCGCAGUAACAGGAUUUAUUGCAGGGCAACUGAUAGCUGUGUGUAUUGCAACAUGAUGGCUGGUGGCAUGUGCAGAGACCCGAUGUGGUAGUGUUGGAUGUUGGAGAACAUGUGUCUCUGCUGUUUGUAAUCCAAAGAAAGUGAUCCUCUUAGAGGGCUAUACCGACUUCCUCAGAGCUCAGACCCUCUUAGGAAAGAAAGCCAACUGUUGCGAAUGGGGAAUAGUUUCACUUGAGCAAUAUUUUAAUCAUAGAACGCUUAUCUUUUACAUAGUAUUUUAUUAGGAAAACACAUUCCACUAUUUUAUAGACUGUUUUUACUGUUUCACUGCCUUUGCCACAUAAGUUGUCAUGUAGAAGUGGAGCUUCUGAACUUCAGCUCCACUAAAAUCGGUCCGCUGGAUAGUUUUAUUUGAUAUCUUACUACCUGAUCGACUGAGAUGACUACAAAGACAGACACUGCUCUUAUACUGUAUUUUAUCUUUGCUUGUGAUAUUUAUUCAUGUAAACACACCAAAGUGCAUGUACUAGACUUGAAUUGAAAGCUAUUUUCAAUAUACCUUAUUCUGUCGCCUCAUCUGAAUAAACAUUGUGUUUCAAUGAUA